GGAAAAUUUACGAUUUUCACAUCUGCAACUAACUGUGUACGUUCAAGAAAUGUUCUCCGCGCCCCGUGGAGCAGCGGGAAGCCGUGUCGGCGGCGCCUCGCGGGUGCUGAUUGCUGUUGUGAUUUCGGGUACCACGACCGAUGGAAAUUUCUUCGCGCUUGGCCGGAAGGGUACGGGGAAGAAGCAGCACAAGGAGAAACGGGUGGAACACGCUCGUCGUGUCGGACAAGGAAAAGUGGCACCGCAAGGAGAACAACAGCCGGGGAAGCAUGAGCAGCAACCCCGGAAGUUGUACCAGCUCGUGCCGGGAAGCUUCUUCCAGAAAGGUGUUGCGCGGGAGGACGAUGGUGUAGUAAAUCCUGCUAGUCGGGGUGAACAAGAAGCCAGUGAUCUGGCGGAGGAAGGUUUUGCUGGUGAGGAAUUCGGUCUGCGGAAGACGGAACAGGAGAAGAACUUGGUACAGGCGGGCAAGCAGGAAGAGCGGAAGCUUCUCUCGGUCGUGCUGCACAACGGAACGGUGAACUACUUUGCGGACGGGGGUUCGGCGUUUGUGGAGCUGGGCGUUACAGCGGGCAAUGGUGUUGAGGGGCACGGACAGGACGAAGAUGGCUUCGGGGCUAUCUAUGACAUAGACAACCCUCCAGACGACGCUCCUCUGAAACUGCAUCCAUGGUCGGACGAAGACAAAGCGAGGCUGAGUCAGUAUGACGACCCGGCCUUCAGGGACCGGAUGCAGGCAGUGGCAGCGGCGGCGCCGAAGACAACUGUAGACAAGUGGAAAGCGUGGUGGAAAGCGUACAUGAAGAAGCACGAAAAAGGACACGACGGCCUGACUGCCAAGAUUCACCGGCCGCUUCCACCCAGGUUGGUCGAUGAGUUGCUCGUCGAAGGGUCUAUCGUCAUCAAAGACGACGCUAAGGGCUAUGCUCCCCAGCCAGUCCGUGUCCAGAACGAUUGGGCGGAAAACAAAGAGGACCACUCGGUUACUAGAGGAAAAGGAAAUAACAAGCACAAGAAAACAUUGUACGUCGCUCGGCUGUUCCAAGACGCAGAGCAUCUCGACGCAGAGCAUCCCGACCGCGAUGACACGAAAAUUCCGCGAGACUGUCUGCACUUCAUCUUCAGCGGUAAUUGGAAAUUGGCACCACCACCAAAGGCAAAGCACGCUACGUCCGACGGUGAGCAGGAAUUGGUACCACACGCUACGUCCGGCGAUGAGCAGGACACCAGCGAAUGGCAUUACAGAAUGCUGGAUGACGGGGAGACAGAAAAGUAUCUGA